UCGGUGGCUCACUGUUCCGCACUAACUAUACUGAACUCAGACACUGAGAGUGAGAGCGUGCUUUGGAAGAGAUCAGAGUGCUCUGAAGCUAUGGCCAGAAUCUUGUUUUUACCAUUUUCUGUUCUAAUUUUUGCCAGAUUUUCAGCUUGUGUAGUUGCAGUUCUUGUACUCAUCUGGGCUCUUCACUUCAAUACUAGCUUUAUUCCUCACUCUCCCUCUCAGGAAGACCACAUUUAUGCUGUGUUGCACCCUUUGCUAAUGGUGAUUGGUUUCAUCCUGAUCAGUGGAGAAGCCAUUUUGGUGCACAGAUCGCUGCCUGGUUCAAGAAAUUUGAAAAAAUUAGUACACCUGUGUCUCCAAGGCGUGGCUUUGGCUUGUGGGAUUUUUGGGAUUUGGACCAAAUUCCAUAGUCAACAUGGGAUUUUGGCUAACUUUUACAGUUUGCAUUCAUGGAUGGGUUUGAUCUGUAUCUCCAUGUUUGGGGCUCAGUGGCUGUUUGGCUUUGCCAGCUUUUGGCACAGAGGCGAGAUGCGAACAACAAGGCUAAGGGUACUUCCUUGGCAUGUCUUUCUUGGUCUAUACACUUAUGGCUUGGCUGUGGUGACUGCUGAGACAGGGCUUCUUGAAAAGUUAACUUUCUUGCAAAUCGAAGGGAAUCUACUAAAACGUUGCCCGGAAUCAGCUGUUGUCAACGGUUUAGGACUCGGUCUGGCUGUGCUGAGCAGUGUUGUGAUACUAGGAGCAGUUUCACCUAAGUACCAAACUUCAAAAUCUAAGAUCAUAUCAGAUAGCAAGAACUCUUCUCUCUGAAUGGAGUGUAUAAUUUGUAUAUCUCUUUCAUGAUGUAAAUAGAUUUUAAGCUUGUUCAUCUCUUUCUUCAGAAGCAGUAAUUUUUUGUUGUGAAACUUUCCUUUUUAGAUCUAUAACUGUUAUUGCAUUCGGCGUCAUGUCUAUGAAUUUGGGCAUGAU